AUGGGGAUGGUGCUGACGGCCCACGGCUGUCAGUGUCACUGCUUCUGCCAUCUGCAGGGCAGUCUACGCCAGCUACUGCAGGCCCUGUGGGCCGGGGCAGGCGCUGGUGAGUUAAAAGCUGGUAGGUGGGGCCUCUCAGAUGCUGGGUCCUCCAUGGAGCUUGAGCUGGGCAUGGCUACUGCAGGCUCUGUGAGUCAAGCUGAGGGUGGAAUCCGAGAGCGGAAGGAAAAGAAGGUAGCAGAGAGGACGCCCAUGGGAAAAGAGGCUCCAAACUCUCCGAGGACUUCACUGUCUCUGAGAGGGAAGGCCCAGGUGGGGAGCCCCAUGAAAGUCAAGCGGGAGCUGCACCCCCUGCAGAACAGGUGGGCUCUGUGGUUCUUCAAGAAUGACCGCAGCCGGGCCUGGCAGGAUAACCUGCACCUGGUCACCAAGGUGGACACUGUGGAGGACUUCUGGGCGCUGUACAGUCACAUCCAGCUGGCCAGCAAGCUCUCCUCCGGCUGUGACUAUGCCCUAUUCAAGGAUGGCAUCGAGCCCAUGUGGGAGGACAGCAGGAAUAAGCGGGGUGGCCGUUGGCUGGUCAGCCUGGCCAAGCAGCAGCGCCACAUUGAGCUGGACCGGCUGUGGCUGGAGACACUGCUGUGUCUGAUCGGGGAGAGCUUCGAGGAGCACAGCAGGGAUGUGUGUGGGGCCGUCAUCAAUAUCCGCACCAAGGGGGACAAGAUCGCCGUGUGGACGAGGGAGGCGGAAAACCAGGCAGGCGUGCUGCACAUUGGGCGUGUAUACAAAGAGCGCCUGGGCCUCUCCCCAAAGACCAUCAUUGGGUACCAGGCCCAUGCAGACACAGCCACCAAGAGCAACUCUCUAGCCAAGAACAAGUUUGUGGUGUGAGGGGGGUCUUGGCACCCCUCCUGUGUAAUGGGACAGCCACCAC